UUUGCCAAAAAAAUACAAAUUAAUAACAAUUAUAUAAAUCAAUUAAAACACUAAAUAUUUUACGAGUGGACUGACGUUUGCGUUUUAUUAUCUUGUUAAUUUUUUGAUUUUAGUUGUAUGCGUUUUUAAAAUGCGAUUAUCUGAAACAGCUAGGUAAACAUCUCGGUGGCUGACCGGGGGAAAAUUCCGGCGUUCGGUUUUUUAUUUCUAUUUAAUCUUACGCGAGUUUUUCCCCAAAUCAUGUUAAAACCAGUCGACAUAAUAUACACUCUACUUGCCAUCCUACAGCAAAUGGUACAUUCGCAAGAUAUUAACACUUUAGCUCGAAAAAUACACCACAAAAACGGCACUUCCGUGCCCAUAGAAAUCUUUGUUAGCUACACUAACAACCCGUGGGGACCUUCGGCCUUGUUGGAGACCGGCCAAUCCGGUGGUAAAAACCAAUACAGACCUAAAAGGAGUGUAUAUCAGCUAUACAAUAUGGUCGUGUGCGCUACCGGUUGCAAUCCGAUUUCUUACCUUGGCUACGGCUGUUACUGCGGUUUCCUGGGUUCUGGAUCGCCGGUUGAUCCCAUAGACAACUGCUGCAAAAUGCACGAUUGGUGCUACGACAGUGCCGAUUGCCCAAUGUUCCUUGAAUACUUUACGCCGUACGUAUGGACGUGCUACAACAAAAAACCGUUGUGUUCAUUAGGAGGUGGUUGCAGUCAGCGGUUGUGCGAGUGCGAUCAACAGCUGGCCUUGUGCUUGAGACGUUUUGGGUGCCCAACGCAGAAGGCGAUUUGCAAAACAAGCCCUUGGAGAUGGUUCCAGAACAUGUUGUUCUGAAAGGCAACGACUGCUGUGGCGUAUAUACAGUAUUACGUUUUUAACAUAAUAUAUAGACGACGAUAGCUUUCGAAUUUCGUUCUAGUCAUAUGGAUACAUCAUACCUGCAGUAGAAGCGACGCAUUGCCGCCACCGCUGUCGCCGAUGAAUAUCAUACUUAUUUAUGUAUGUAUGAUACGUGUGCACCACAAAGGACUCGAUAUAUAUAUAUAUAUAGAAUGCUUAUAACACACAUACACACAUGACACACACAUACGCACAAACAAACGUAUCAAUUGUUACAUUUGUAUUAAAAAAUAAUGUUACAUUAUGUACAACUUAUGUCGAACUUAUCUAACCUCGAGACUUUGAUUUCGAGUCGAUGGUACGACCUGAAGGUGUCGUGGCGUUGUAUUAUAGGCGUCAUACAGAUCGUCUGGCGGCACGCUACGACGACGAUAUUAAACUAUCCUAGUUCGAACAGACUGCUACAGAUUCGUGAACACUAAUUUUAUGAUGUCUACAUCACGGAAGUUCAUGAAAAUAGAACCGUAAAAUCCAGAGGGAUUUAUUCUUUAUGAUUACAGUAUUGGAUGUCUUGCACCGAAGCUGUUUUCCUCCCGAACCGAAAUAAUAUUAUAAUAUUGUAUGAUUAUUAUUAUUAUUAUUAUUAUAUAACUUGCGGUGACGAAUUAAUCGUUGUGUUGUACGGAUUUAAUUUCGCCUACCAUAAUAAUAGUUUCUCUUUCAAAUUCGAAGAUACGCGCAUUUUGUACAUAAA